AUGAAAGUAGCAGACUAUGGGGACUGCGAAGACGCUAGUGUCGAUAUUCCAAUCAAAAAAUUCAGAUCCGUUUUUACCUGGGGCCUUUACGAGUCAAUGAGGUCUUCUGAACUGUUUGUGAUGGUAGUCUGGUAUAGUGGUCUACUGUUCGGCUUUUAUAAUUCUAUGUCUUCAUCGCACUUUUGGAGGAGUCAGAUUUUUAUUGAUCUCCUGUUAUUAAGUAUCUUGUCGACUCCUAUGAUUUGCUUAAUUUGCAGACAGAUAAGAAGAGAAGAUAUGGUCUCCAGGAACACACAGGCACUAGCAGGGACUACAAAGGAAGUCUUCGGCUCGCAGCAGGAAACUUUAGCACUUGGGUGGGACAAGGUGGCUUGUAGAUUAAACAGAAAAUUCUACGAUGCAGGCGAUUGGAAAACACUAAACUUGUUCUUUGAUGGUUCAAAUUGUGAGGGUUUCUUCAAAAUGUACGUGCUGAAACCAAUACAUGAGGUAGAAGGUCCAAAGUCGCGAGAGGAGUUACUUGCAUACUGCAAUGAGUAUCUGUCAGCAGGUGAUCAUCAACCUGUUCAAUUGGGACAGAGAGGAUUCUCAUUUGGCUGGCUGAGGAGGUUUUUCCAGCUGACUCUCAAAGUAAUAAAGAUUUGUGGCGGAGAGUCCCCAAGAACUACUUGA